CAGAGGGGAGGGGGGAGAAGUUCUGUUUAACUCUAAAGCUGGUGUUUCGUCGUGAAUCCAGGUGCGCGUAGCCACCAACCCCGCGAUUUUUAUUUGUCUGAACCUAUUUUAGAGUCCGACCGAAAACAAUAAUUUUCAUUUGUCGGAUAUUUUUCAAGUGCCAAUACUCUAAUGAGAGCGGAGGCGGGCCAACCAUUGCGAACCUUCUCUCAUCACCACAUUGUAAGUAAAACCUACUAAAGCGUGGAAGAGUGGAGGAUGGGGAUGAUGGAUAGACAUACGGAUGGAUGAUUUGGAUGAAUGGAUGCAUCCUAAAAAAAAUAAGAUGGCCAUCAUUUUUUUUUCGAUAAAGAGACGAGAAAAGAGAGAUAGAGAUAGAUAGAGAGAGACAUGUUGAAUUGGAACCAUUGACAACUGACUUUUUACAUCCUCCCCCCUUUUUUUUUCUAUAUUUUUUUUUCCUAUUCUUAUCUUCAGAAGGCAUCAUGCUUGUUUCUAAGCAAAACAGAAAGGCUAUUUACGAAGCUCUCUUCAAGGACGGUGCAUUAGUCGCCCCCAAGGACUACAACCUCCCCAAGCACGCUGAUAUCGAUGUUCCUAACCUCGAAGUCAUCAAGCUCAUGCAAUCUUUGACCUCCAAGGGUUUCGUCAAGACCCAAUUCUCUUGGCAAUGGUAUUACUAUACUCUCACUGAUGAGGGUAUUGAUUACCUCCGUGAAUUCCUUCACUUGCCUCAAGAAAUUGUCCCUGCCACCAUGAAGAAGUCUGCUCGUCCCGCUGCUCCUCGUCGUGCUUUCGGCGGUGAAGGUCGUGAGAACCGUGGUCCCCGUGCUGACCGUGGUGACUACAGACGUAAGGAAGGUGCCGAUGGUGACUUCAAGCCCGAGUUCCGUGGUGGUCUCGGUCGUGGUAACCGCGAAUAAAUCAUUUCUAUGGUUUUGACCUCUUUUUUAUAUUAAAAGUAAAGCAUUUUUCAAAC